AUGGGCUCCGCGCACUCGCUGCCCGCCGAGAUGCGGGCGCUCGCCGACAAGACGGGCUUCACGUCGGACCAGAUCGAGCACCUGCACCGGCGCUUCAAGCAGCUCAGCAACGACAAGCCGACCCUGCGCAAGGAGCACUUUGACAGCGUCCCCGACCUGGAGUUCAACCCCAUCCGCUGCAAGAUUGUCCAGGCCUUCUUCGACAGGCGGAACCUGCGGCAGGAAGAGGACGGGCUGGCGGAUGAGAUCAACUUCGAGGACUUCCUCACCAUCAUGUCCUACUUCAGGCCCAUCGAGCCCGACAUGGACGAGGAGCAGCUCCAGCGCUUCCGCACCAACAAGCUCAAAUUUCUCUUCCACAUGUACGACUCGGACCACGACGGCAUCAUCACGCUGCAGGAGUACCGCAAGGUGGUCGAGGAGCUGCUGUCAGGCAACCCACACCUGGAGAAGGGGGCGGCCAGGUCCAUUGCCGACGGGGCCAUGCUGGAGGCGGCCAGCAUCUGCGUGGGGCAAAUGGAGCCAAACCAGGUGUACGAGGGCAUCACCUUYGAUGACUUCCUGAAGGUUGGUUCUGCCGGGGCCGUGGUGCCCCUGUCCCAGCUCCGCUGCUCCCUGUGCCCGAGCUGGGGGCAUCAUGCGGAGCUGCCGCGUCCCCCAGCAGAUUUGGAGGGGCAUCGACAUCGAGACCAAGAUGCACGUCCGCUUCCUCAACAUGGAGCCCAUCGCCCACUGCUGCUGAGUGGCACCCACGRAGCACCAGGAGGAGGGUGCAGGAGCCUCGGGGCUGCGCGUGGCUCUACAGACCCACGCGGUCCCCACUGACUUUGACCUGCAAUAAAACGCAUUUCUCUU